CCUGUUCAUGUUUGAUAUUUUUUGCAAUCAUUUCUCUUACCAUUUUAUGCAUGGCUGUAACAAAGUGUGUGUUCUUGGAGAAAUAGAAAAGCAAAUAAUUUUAUUUUUUUAAAAAAACACACAGCAGGAACAGGUGUGUCCCCCCCACCCCGGCGUGGAGAUGCCAGUGGUGGUAGGCAGGUGUCACCUGCUGCAUCCCUGCCUUCCCUUACUAUUGAAAUAGGAAUAUGAAUACCACAUUUUCCCACCAACACUAUUGUGCUCAAAAGCAGUUUGCGGAAUAAGUGUCUAUGGCCAUUUAAACUCUCUCUCUCUCUCUUUGUGGGUGUUAUUCUUUUGUUUGUUACCAUGUUACAUAUUUUUAUGCUUUUACAAUGUGAACCGCUUAGUCAUCCUCGGAUGAAGGGUGGUAUGCAAAUUUAAUACAUAUCUUUCUAAUGUCAGAAAGACAUUCAAGCUAACGAUUUAGGAGUGUUAAUAAGUUAAAAUAUGCAGCAUUAAAGGAUAAACAUAGAACAUCAUGGAGGGAGGGAUGGGAAGUCAAAUGAUUAAUUAAACGUAUUGUUGAUGGUUAUGUAAACUUUUGAAAACAAAAUAAAUACAAUGCUUCAAAAAUAAAUAAAUAAAUAAAUAAAUACAGCAGCCACAAUUAUAACAUGUUGCUAUAUAACAUUGUCAGUUCAAACCUAUAGUUUUAAAGAAUUAUUUCUGAGAGAAUGCUUUUGUUUUACACUGAAGUGUUCAAAAGGGGUUUGGGGUUUUUUUGGGUUUUGCUAAUCUUAACAAAAAAAGAUUAAGGAAAUCCAUCUUUAGGGACAACUUUACCACCACCGUCAGACACUGCAGGGCAAGCGGGGCAACUGCAGGGGUCCCACUUCAGGGGCUUCUGUCACCUAAGGCCUCACCCUGCAUGGGCAUACUUUACAAAUAAAGUAAAUAAAUAAAAAUACUUAACUAACUGAUCAAUUGUGCCCCCCGCCCAAAAUAAUGUCUGCCCCCCCCCCCCCUAAAUCCUGGCUACACACAUAUCAUCCUCUCUUAAUGGUUUAGGCUGGCCAUCCAUUUUGGCUUGCAGGCAGCACUAGUUAUUCUCUAACCAGGCAGGGAUCUGAGGUCAAAGACACUGAAGACACAAGGUAAUAUCUACAAGAACUGAUAAACAACCUGAAAUAUACUACAUCCCAGAUUGCAGUUUCUUCCUAGAUAUAUCAAGGGCGAAACUCACCUUUGCAACUAUGUUCCUAGUGAGUAAUCUUUCAGGCAAGAAUACGGCAGGCCUUUGCUUGCAGUAAACUUUGCCUAGGCUGGUAUUUAGAAAAGGCACUAGGGAGUGUGCCAAGCAAGGCCAGUGAAGGGUGUAUGAAGAGGGUGUGUGGGCUGAGUGAGGGUCCCAGGGACCAGACAGAGGCCCAGACCUGAGGUUUCCCACCCCUGAUUUAGAACAGUAUAACACUUUCCCACAAAAAGUUCUCGAAGUGGUUUAGAGUGUGAAACAGGGCAACAAUUGAAAUAGGUAGUCAACUCAGUGCCCUCCAUAUGUGUUGGGCUAUAACUCCCAUAUUUCUUUAACAUUGCCAAUUCUAGCUGCGGCUGAUGGGAGUUGUAGUCCAUAUCUGGAGAAUACUACAUUUACUACAUCUGGUUUAAAACCUCUGAAUUCUAAUGGUUCCAUUACAGCAGCUCUUCUGAACUUUGUAUCCUUUUAGAAUUCAAAGCAUUCAGAUAGUUUGAACUUCAGCUCCAAUAAGCCCCCACUCAGGAUUGGGAUACCAGCGGUCCAACUAGCCUUGUCUUUCCUCUGCCAACAAUAAGGGUUUACCCACACUUACCUUUCGCCGUGCUUAAAAGCUCAAUGUCCAAGGCAUGGGUGUAGCCAGGAUUUUUGUUAGGGGGUGAAAGGAGCUUUCUUUAGGAAAUCAAAGUUGCCCCCCUGUCCCCUCCCCCGGCUACAUCCAUGGGUACAGGGGAUGGGGAGGAAAGGGGGAAGAAAUGAAGCGACAAGCAGCUUUUCAUGUGAACAACUCCAAAUCCUUACCUAGUUUGGAGUGAGGCAUCACUUAUUUUUAUUUUGGGACUGCUCUUUUGUGCAAGCAUGGUAGAUCAGAAAAGGUGUAUGUGCACAUGCAAACGAAUACCCAAGUAUCUCAGCUUUCCUGGCUUGGAGCAACACCCACCCACCCACCCACCCACACACGGCUGCUGUUUUGUGCAAAUCUGGUAGAUUGAGAAAGCUGUAUUAAAAAAAAAAGUAAAGGUGUGUGCUUACAGGUAAACAGAUACCAGUGUGCAAAGCCAGCCCACCUCUGCUAGAGAAGCAGCCCCAGUAUAGGUGCUGAUUUCCUACUGAUUUCUUGCAAGAUCUCAUCAAAGUCUUGCAAGAGCAAAAGGAGAGCACAGGAUCUCAUGAGAUUUGGGUGAGAUCUUGCAAGCUCCUUCAGGGAAUCUGUGCCAAUGCCAGGACCGCUUCUCCACAAGUGGCAGAGGUGGCACAGCUUGGUGGUACAGCUGCAGUGCCACUGGCAGUUUGGUGCCAUGGUGGUGAGUGUCUCACUGGUGGUGGUGCAGCAGAGCAGGGAAGAAUUUCCUGUUUUGCCUCAAGUGGCAAAAUGGGACUUACUACCUCAGGAUUCCAGAACUUACAGCUGUCAGUUCUAAGGGAAGGCAGGCAAGGACCCACAGCCCAGGUGGGGCUUGCUAGCACAGGAAGGAGGUGGGUGAUUCCUCAGCUGGAAUAGGCUCAGGACAGGUGAGGGUCACAUGCCUCAUCAAGCCCAGAAUAUACAAAAGGAAAGCUGUCCUGGCCAGGCCGGCGUCCAUAGACUCCAGUGUCCAUUUAGUCCACGGGUAGGCAAACUAAGGCCUGGGGUCGGAUCCGGCCCAAUCGCCUUCUAAAUCUGGCCUGCGGACGGUCCGGGAAUCAGUGUGUUUUUACAUGAGUAGAAUGUGCCCUUUUAUUUAAAGUGCAUCUCUGGGUUAUUUGUAGGACAUAGGAAUUUGUUCAUUAUUUUUUUCCAAAAUAUAGUCUGCCCCCCCGCCCAAGGUCUGAGGGACAGUGGACUGGCCCUCUGCUGAAAAAGUUUGCUGACCCCUGAUUUAGUCCAUUGACUAAAAGGUAUGCAUUGUUCAUUACUGCUAGCUGAAGGACUUUGUGCUGUAUAGAUAAGUUCUACUAUUAUCCACAGUGAGAGAAAGAUAAUGCACCAGUCCGCUUCCCUCCAAAUUUGUGCCAUGGUUUCAUUUCACGAUGGCAGAAAAAUAAUUUCUUUUUCCCAGAGGAAAAAAAAUCCACUGUGGACUCUUUUAGUCUUUUGGCUUGGGGAUGAGUUUAUUCACCUUUGGUUUGGAGCUGUGGGUGUGGACAGCUCAUGGACUUUACAAAUUCCUCUCUUCUGUGCUUAGCUCCAGCGGUCCUUGGCUAUAGCACAGGAGUGUGUGUGAGUAACAACAGCCUUUGCAACCAAAGAGUCAGUGCUGAGAUUCUCACAACCGACCCCAGGCACUGAACAGCUUAGAGGGGCAGCAUCUUCAGAAAGCUGAUUCAACAUAACACUAUCUUCCCAUUGAUUCCUGAGCACAAAGGGCAUACUUUCUGGUAAGAUCAUUCUUAAAUGUUUGCAAAGGGGAAUGGGAUGAAACCAAGAAGGUGUGUUAGGGAGGGGAAGAAGGUUGGUUUCUAAGAGGAGAACACUAUUAUUUCUGUAUGUUAUGGUUAUUUCUAAUUGCUUAAUAUACUUUUGAAUUGUUAUUCAUUUCAUAUGUUGUGAGCCACUUAGGGGAAUAAUUUUCGGGGAAAGUGGCAUACAAAUGAACAGCUGGUGAUGAUGACAACUAGAGUUCAGAUUUGCAGUUUGGGCCCCCAAUUCCCAGAUGUCAAAGAGAUCACUCUGACUCCUCAGUGGGUAACGCAUUUUGCCUAAGCUUAGAGAUGUUUCUGUCCAGAGAUCCUUGAAAUGUUCUUAAGCUUUAUAAUGGGGAUGGGGGGGGUGGACAAGGUAGUGCCCUCCAGAUGUUGGUGGACUCCAACUCCCAUCAUCCCUGACCACUGGUUGUGCUGGCUAGGGUUGAUGGGAGUUGUAGUCCAGCAACAUCUGGAGGGCACAUCCCUCUUUGGCCCGGCUUUGCAUCCUCCGUGAGUGUCUUUGCCCAGUUGGACUGUGUCUUUGUACUGGAGAAUCCCUCUUGCUUGCCUAAAUGGAGGACAGAGAGGGGUGUGGUGAGUGAAUGUAAAAACUAGCCCCCUCAAAUGUAAAAUUUACAUUUGUUGCCCCACCCACCUUUGCUUCUGCCCCCACCCACCAUAGGCAUGUGGACCCCAAAAGACUGGCCAGAAGGGAAUGUGGCCUCAGGCUGAGGACAGCUCCCUUUCCUGAUCUAACUUUUUGGUGUGCUCCUCUUCUUUUGCACUUAAGUCUCCCUGAUUGAGAAAGGCAUUCUGAAAACCCACACCAUAUCUUUUAAGUACAUUGUUUCCGCCUAUGAAUCCUGGGACUGGUAGCUGCAGUUCCUUAAGGGUGCUGAGAACCGUGGCUCUGUGAGGAGUAAGCUACAGUUCCCAGGAUUCUUGUGGGGGGCGGGGUAAGCCCUGACUGUUAAAGUGGUAUGUAUGCUGUGGUUGUCACUACACAGACAUAUAGAGCCAUGCGCAGCUUAUAACACUCUUUUCUGUCUCUAUAACUGCAAUAACCUCUUUUGGCCAUGAAAUGUGAACUUUGACCUGCUAUGAGAUUAAAUCCGGGGGAAUGUAGCAAGAGGGAAAGUGAUAAAGGAGGUCACUAACCGUAAGGAUGCGUGUUCUUUGCCCUGGGUAGAAACUCCUUGAUAGUGAUGACUCAGAGCCAGCGGGUAGCAGCCAAUUGCAGUUUCUAUGUUUGUGGCUCAGCUUGAGAGGCAAUGAUGCUUCUGAAUACCAGUUGCUGGAAACCACAGAGUGGGAGAGGGCUCUCCUGCUCAGGUCCUGCUUGCUGGUUUCCCACAGGCAUCUGGUUGGCCACUGUGAGAACAAGAUGCUGAACUGAAUGGGCCAUUGGCCUGAUCCAGCAGGCUAUUCUUAUACUAAACAUCUUUAAAAUGAACCUAUGUCAGAAAUGUUGCUGUGGAUGGGAGGAAUGCACAUUUUAAAACUUAGUGGCUGGAGUGCUUUGUGAAAAUUUGAUUGUGUACCCAGAGGUGUAGUAUAAGGUUACCAGAUUUUUUUCAAUGAAUCCGGGGACACUUGUCAACUCCCUACUAAAUACAGUGGUACCUCUGGUUGCAAACGGGAUCCGUUCCGGAGGCCCGUUCACAACAUGAAAAGUGUGCAACCCGCAGUCUGCGCAUGUGUGGGUUGCGAUUCACCCCUUCUGUGCAUGCGUGUGACGUCAUUUUGCGCUUCUGCGCAUGCGUAAGCGGCGAAACCCAGAAGUUACCCUUUCCAGUACUUCCGGGUCACCGUGGGACGUAACCUGAAAGAACAUAACAUGAAGCGGACGUAACAUAAGGUAUGACUGUAGAUGGAUUUUGUCAGGGGACUGAUCUGUAAAUCCGGGGACUGUCCCUUGGAAAUGGGCACAUCUGGUAACCUUAGUGUAGCAGCCUCCGCCAGCGCCUAGGGUAGACCCAAGUUGUUGAACACUACAAACCUCCAUGCCACCCAAAAGACCCCCAUGGUGCCCUACGGCCCCCCAGUGUGGACCGCCCCCUCCCCCCGGCUACUGUGUGUACCUGUGUGUAGUGCAAUGGAAUGGAAACAUGUUUUCCUCUUCAAAUCUCAUGGGCUUUGCUGCAAUUGGACCCUGUCUCUUGUGAUGCUGUCCAUUUUCAGAAUAUCAAUAAUUUGUACGCAAAUAAGCAUCUUGGUUCCCCUCCCCCAUCUAGGUUCUAUUUGAAGAUCCUUUGAAAGAAGACUGGAAGAGUUCCUGCGCCAUCAUGAACACUUUCUGGGCAAUCCUCUGUUUUGUGGUGUAUGGUAAGUAUAGGGGUGUGUAUAGAAACUAGGAGAGGAUAUAUUUCUUAGGUAUCAUCCUUCCUUACUCACAUUUGUGAGUUCAGCAGAGUACACCCCUUUGCCAGCAAAAAUAAGGAAGCUGUUGAUAAGCUAGCUUUCGCUUUUUUAUUUAAGUACCGUAUUUUUCGCCCCAUAGGGCGCACUGCCCCAUAGGAUGCACCUAGUGUUUUUUUUGGGGGGGGGGAAUAAAGAAAAAAAAAUUUUCCCUCCCAGGCACGGGGCUGGCGCGGGCGAAGCCCGAGCUUCCCCCGACCCCAGCCCCCAGAACAGCCUGCUAUCCGCAAGCCUAGGGAGCCGCGCCGGUCUCCCCAGGCUUGUGGAGAGCUGCGCAAAGCCCGGGCGCGCUCUUCAGCGCGCCCCAGGCUUCGGAAUGCAGGCAGCUCUGCGCAACCCUAGGGAGCCCGGCGCGAAGUCGUGCCAGUCUCCCAAGGAUUGCGCAGAGCUUCCUGAAGGCUGGAGAGUGAGAGGGGUCGGUGCACACUGACCCCUCUCACUCUCCAGGCUUCAGCGAAAGCCUGCAUUCGCCCCAUAGGACGCACACACAUUUCCCCUUCAUUUUUGGAGGGGAAAAAGUGCGUCCUAUAGGGUGAAAAAUACAGUAUCUAAAGCCAUUUGCACAUAACAAAGUAUGUAUUUUAUCAAAGUAAUUGUUGAACUGAAAUACAAUUAAGAAGAAGUAUAUUAAUAGUGAUUUGGGGGGGGAGCCAAGAGAGUGGGGACCUAAGCUAUAGCUUGUUUAGCUUAUAUGUAAAUCUGGCACUGGUCUUAGAGCAAAUAAUCUGUUAUCUGUUUGUGAUAAAAUAGAUGCCUUACACAGCACUUGAAGGUACGUAAAUCUUUACUCAUAUUUGUGUGUGUGUGUGUGUGUGUGUGUGUGUGUGUGUUUGCAAUGCUUUUCUCCCUUGAGUCCAAGAGAGGGUUUAGUCAUUUUGCUUUCAAAACUCCUCCACAGCAGUGCAUAAGUUAUUAAUCCAAACCUUGCCUGUUCUCAGAAACUCCUCCAGACAGUGUCUGCUUGAAGUCACCCCACUCAACAUUCUCAGUCAAAAAAAUCAACUAACGGAAUAAUCAACCAACUGCCAACUGCCACUUCCUCCUUCUUUCUUUAACACCAUUCAUUAUAUGUGUACAAUGCAAUAGAGUACAAAUACUAGCAUGAUCUGUCUCUGUCGCAUCCCAGCCUGGUCCAAUAUCUUGUACUGGGAUUAAAGAAUGUCAAGUGAGACAGCUAGGAAAGGCACUUCCAUUUCCGGAUCUGAAGAGCCGCUCCCAAGCUGAAACAAACAGUCCAGGCCAGUGAAUGAAACAAUUGUCAGAGAGCUCCAUAGACCCGCAGGCACUCACAACCUGGGGAAUUAUGAACUGUCCAAUGCAUUAACCAGAUUUAAAACCCAGCCAUGGGUUGUGUGUCCAAUGUAGCACCAGAUUUAUGUCACUUAGUGGUAUACAGUGGUACCUCGGGUUACAUACGCUUCAGGUUACAUACGCUUCAGGUUACAGACUCUGCUAACCCAGAAAUAGUACCUCGGGUUAAGAACUUUGCUUCAGGAUGAGAACAGAAAUUGAGCUGUGGCAGCGCAGCGGCAGCAGGAGGCCCCAUUAGCUAAAGUGGUGCUUCAGGUUAAGAACAGUUUCAGGUUAAGAACGGACCUACGGAACGAAUUAAGUACUUAACCCAAGGUACCACUGAACAGUAAACCCGCAACUUACGCAGGGGUUACGUUCCAGAGAUUGCACCCGAAGGUAAAACUGUGUAUAGUCAAAACACAUCUGGCUCAGUGGUGGGUGGGAUUGUCCAAAUCAUUCCCCCCCCCCCCCGGAACUCCGCUCCCAUUCUGUUUUUUAAAUUUUGUGCCACACAUGUAAAGUUGAAUGAGCACAAAUUAAAUCUGCAUAAGUUCUGGGCUUACUGUAGUUGCUCUGUUGAUGUACAGUGGUACCUCGGGUUACAUACGCUUCAGGUUACAUAUGCUUCAGGUUACAGACUCCGCUAAGCCAGAAAUAGUACCUCAGGUUAAGAACUUUGCUUCAGGAUAAGAACAGAAAUUGUGCUCCAGCGGCGCGGCAGCAGCAGGAGGCCCCAUUAGCUAAAGUGCUGCUUCAGGUUAAGAACAGUUUCAGGUUAAGAACGGACCUCCGGAACGAAUUAAGUACUUACCCCGAGGUAUCACUGUACUGUUUUGCACCAGUGGAACACUGUUGCACAAGACGUUGCACCAGCUGAUUGCUGGUCACCUUGUUGCACAGUAGAACACACAAUUUGUUGUGCAGCAAGUUUCCAUUAGCACAGCUGCUGUGUUGGAGUCCUCUGCUGCGUGACAUUAAAACUCAUCUGUCCAGCAGCACAAAAGCCCUGGCACUAGCAGACAGCAAAUGUUGGGCACAACUUCAUGUCAUGAUGGGCUGGUACUGGUUACAUUCCCAUAACCUGGUGCCUUCCAGAGGCUUUGGAUUCCAGCUCCCGUCAGCCCCAGCCAGCAGGGCCAAUGGUCAGAGGUAAAAGGAGUCGCAGUCCAAAUAAUGUGGAGGACACUGGGUUGGGAGGUGGCUGAGUUACAGUGUUGUUUUAAAGGUUAAAUACAGAACCAAGGGACAGUAUUUGAUAGUCAUUACAGCCCAGGGUUAAAGCUAUGACUGGAAACUCAUUUUGUGCUGUUCUCUCACCCAGCAGUGAACACAGACCUGAGUGGACACUCUGCCCUGGCCAUGUCUAGCCCACACGCUCAAGAUCCCCCAGAGAUCAGCGGUAAGGCUGAAACAGAAGAGAUGCCUUCAGCGAUGCUUCAGGAGCUGCUGUGGUUUUUCAGGAGAGAAGAAUGUGAGUUCUCAGAAGGAUAGGCUUGUUUGCAGAAUUGUCACUGAUGAGUGUUGUGGGCCCUAGGGCAGUUCCCACAUUACACAUUCUGUGUAAUAGCUGAGCAGUACACUUACAGAGCUUUUCACAUGUAACCUUCGACGUGUGCACAGCCUGUGCAUGCAACAGUUGAGCUGUACAAGUUACCAAAUGUAUGCUCCUCCACACAUGCACCCGUCGAUGUGUAAGAGAGCGCUUGUACCUGUUUUCAGUGCAAUGUGUGGACAGUCUUUCUAAGACUCAGAGCGUGGAGACUGAGAGCCCAGGGUGGAGUUUAGAGAGUGAAUUAACAGUCAAUCUCUCUUCCCAGGGAACUCUGGGAAUGGUAAUUCUUGAGGGGAACAGGUGCUCCUAGCAACUCUCAACACCCUUAAGAAAACACAGUUCCCAGAAUUCCUUGGUGGAAGCUGUGACUGUUUAAAGUGGUACAAAGGUGGUUUAAAUGUAUAAUGCAGAUGGAGCCCAUGUUGGAAAGGCAGAAAGGGUGGGACAGGCUGUGAGAGAGACAGCCGGACAGCAAUUCCCAGGAGCUAUUGACCCAUAUUAUCAUGGCUCCCUGUUUUCUCUUGCAGCAACUACAUGGAAUUACUGCAUUCUCGGCCUUUCAGUGCUGGUUCUGCUUGUAGGCAUAGUCCUCUUGUGGAAACGUAUUGCAGCAAACAGGUAAGGAUAAUGCCAGAAUGGAGGGUUCUUAUGUAAUGUCUCCUCAGCUGGGCUCGUUGGCUUGCAGAGUCGGAGCUGGAGAUGAGGAAGAAAUUUGGUUCGGCUUACCUUUCAAAGCAAACUUACCUCAUUUGCACUUCCUGAAAACAAUACUUGAAAGGAAAUGCAGCUAGCCUUCAAAAUUGGCAUGUCUCUGAACUUUUUCAUAUGGUUCUCAGGAUUCUUUGGGAGAAGCCAUAAUUUUUCAAUGUGGUGUGAUAGUGCAGAGGGGCAGCAAGUUGGAGCUGUGCAGAGCACUAGCCAUGUAGUGCGAAUGCUGUGGAUGUGUCUCUGCUACAGACUUAAAUAGGUUUGAGCCAUUUUCUAUCCCCAGGAAACCUCGAGAAAUAUAGUUUUCAGUCUCUUCCUGUCUCAAAAUUAAUCUGAGCCUGAUUAAUUUAUUUUAUUUAUUUCUUCUCCUCCCAUCCUGCUAGAGCCCAGAAGAUUGCCCUCAUGCACCAAGAAGGGUAUGUAGCUGGCCAGCCUGAUGAGACGGAAAUGAAGCAAGCUUUUGUGCCUUUGAAGGAAGAUAACAACUCUGGUUCCCCCCCAGAGAACUUCCUUCCAAAAGGAGAAAAUGCAGGGCAGGUGACGAUCCAUUGGAAGGAUGGGAACGUUACAACCAUGUUUGCAGAUGUGCCUGAGGAGGAUGCAUAGGGUUACACAAGAUUGUCAUUAGUUUUUUGGAAAUUGGGUUUCUAAGCCAAGCAAAAUUCAUCAACUGGACCCAAAGUAGCUGCAAAGGGGUGAGGUAUUAAUGUUACAUGUGGUGCAAGGUACCAAAUUGACCAUUUCUAUUCAUGCAGUGGGUGUAAUUAUAAUUUAAAAGUGUUCCUUUAGAAUUUCUUUACAGGGGGUUUGAGAUGAAAAGAGAAAGUAACUCAAAUGUUCCAUGGUCUGGAGUACAUCAAGGAAUGGAGGGCAGGUAUUAUUCUGUACACCUGUAUGAUCAAUAAAUGCUUUCCAUAUUUUCUUAAUUUACCA